AUGACUGGCGUGUGGGUAUUCGAGGACGGGAUCGUGAGGCGGGCGGACAGCGAGGCGCCCGGCCGCGGCGGCGGGAGCGGGGCGCGGCCGGGCAAAGUGCUGGUGCAUGUGCCGAGCGGCGAGGUGGUGACCACGUACGACGUCCUGGAGCGGCGGCUGCGGGAGCUGGGGUGGGAGCGCUACCUCAACGACCCGUGCCUGCUCCAGUUCCACCAGCGUUCCACCGUGCACCUCAUCUCCGUCCCGCGAGACUUCGCCCGCCUCAAGCUCGUCCACAUGUACGACGUCGUCGUCAAGACGCGCAACGUCUUCGAGGUCCGCGACGCGUGA